AUGUCGAUGGAGCGAGGCAAGCAUCCAGUGCUGAAUCUUCGACCAGGAGCAAUUGAAGCCCUUAUUUUCAAUGGAAUAGUACCGAUUGUGAUACUGAUAACUGCUAAAAGUGCACAACAGAUUCGCACAGUAAUGGAGAUGUAUCAACGGCGUUGUCCACGAGGUGGCUCUAGCAUUCGCGAUGUGAGUCGCCGACUGUGGGCCGAAAUAGCAGAUCUGAGAGCAACUAUCGCUCAUCUCAUAACUGAUUCCGUGCUUCUCUCCACAUCAUCUGAUGAAAAAUUUGAUGAAACCGAGUGGAUGCAUAAUCUCAUCUCCAUAAUUAGGCAUCAUCAAAGCCAACCAGUAAGUUCAAAGUGGUUCUAUGGCACAACUGCUAAGAUAAGGAUUAAAUAUGUUGGGAAAAAAAUUACGCAUACGAUUGCUUCAAGUCAGUGGAACAUUUGA